AUGUUAAUUGCCGUUUCAUUUAUACACGUUUGCUUGGAAGGUGUCGUGUGGGGCGUGGACAGUUCAGAUUACGUUUUCCAUCCACGUGACCACGUUGAGCGGGAUUUUCGAAAAGGAAACGUAGCCUUGUUUGCUCGUCGCAUUUGCGCUGUGCACGUCUGCGUCAACGAAGAGUCUUUAUACACGAUACAGAAUUCCAACAUGAACUUAGGUGGGUACGAAGGUCUAGUCUUGAUAAUAACGCUGAUCCGAGCGGCGUGGGGCGAUAAUGAAGGAGUUUGUAAUAACGAGAGCUGCGAUGUGAGCGAUGGGUCGCUGGGAAAUGGAACCCGUUCCCGGCCACUGUCCAGGACGAAAAGGUUCAUUGUGUUCCCAGAUGGGAGCUCGUUCCAAUUGGUAUUUUGCGUGCAAACCAUGGCAGUGAUCCCCAUCGGUGAUAUAUUUCUGUUUGGAAACACAGCGGCGCUCGCUUGGAAUCUGCCAUCUGAUCCAAAGUAUUUUAAUAUUUUUAAAAAAUACGAAAAACACGCACAAAGAAGGGGCGAUUCGAGCAAGCACAUUUACUAUUUAGACGAUACUGGAAAGGUAUUGGCUAAAGUACCGUUUAAAAGACCGGUUAUAGUCAACCCGGCGUUUGCAAAAAGGAGCACUGAUGACAAAGUAGCGUUCCGAGAAAAAUUGAAAAUCAAAAUAGACAGAAUGAAAAUGCACGAGAAACAAUCGAGGAGGGAAUUCCUGAACAAAGAGCAUUUGGAUAAAGACAGCGUGGAUUUUCACAGAAAAAGCCGGGUGGAGUUGUUUGAGAAAAUAGAAACAUUGAUGAAUGCGUUGGGGCGGGACGGGCGACGAUGCGUUCUUUAUAAACUAUGCGAAUCAGCGCAGUCUCCCCGACAAGGCACAUUCCUGCAGGAACUCUUCCGAGUGGUAUUUACGUUGCCCAAAGGUCCUGAGUUCGAUGCCGAGGAACACAAAGAUUAUGACAAAGCUCAUACAAAGAAGAACGACUGUACCUCAAUGUAUGCCGGAUGUGAGCAUUUC